AUGGUUGCAAUCUCAGAGAUCCGCCAGCAAAUCACAACUGUCAAGAACCUCGGUUCUGGCCUAGUCGCUGUAUUCGUUGGUGGAACAAGCGGUAUCGGCCUCUCAACAGCGCGUGAAUUCACCCGCUACGCCGCUGCUCCUCACAUCUACUUGAUUGGCCGUAAUGAAGCUCAGGCUUCUGAGAUCAUAUCCGAGCUGCAGACCAUCAAUGAAUCGGCAACCGUGAGCUUUGUUAAAAGUGAUGUCUCUCUGCUCAAGAACGUCGAUGAAGCCUGUCAAGAGAUUUCUAAGAGGGAGGAAAAGGUCAAUUUACUGUUUUUGAGUGCGGGUAUUAUGACUACCAAGGGGCGGACUGAAACAAGCGAGGGAAUCGACAAAAAACUCAGUCUACACUACUACUCCCGCAUGCGCUUCAUCCAAAACUUCCUCCCCCAACUAAGCCAAGCAGCGUCAUCCGGCGCUCUCGCACGGGUUGUUUCCGUCCUGGGUCCAAGCACAGAGGGCAAACUAUUUGAAGACGACCUCGAUCUCCAAAAGAACUACAGUCUCCUCAACGCCGCUACACAUGCGGUCACCAUGACUUCUCUGUCCAUGAUCCACUUGGCAGCCUCAAACCCAACAAUCAGCUUCAUCCAUAGCGCCCCCGGCGGCGUAAACACAAAUCUCAUACGAGACUUUAACCCUCUUGCUAAAAUUCUUGCCAACGGUGCUUUUGCAUUACUAACGCCUAUCGGAUCCAAGAUUGGACUUAUACCUCUAAAGGAGAGUGGAGAGAGACAUGUCUAUGCCUCUACGUACCCGGCGUUUGCGCCAAAGGAUAAAAAAGUUGAGACUGUGGGAGCGGAUGGGGAGAAGGGCAGUGGAGUGUAUAGGGUGCAUUUUGAUAGUUCGAUUGUGACGUCGAAGCAGGAUUUGAUUAAGGAUUAUCUGAGCAAGGGAGUGGUGAAGACGGUGUGGGAGCAUACGGUGGCUGUUAUUGACAAGGCUGUGGGGAAAUAA